UUUUACAACACGGAAGCACGCUGUGUCGUUGCAUGAAGUUAGCAAAACAUUCAAUUUAUCGACAGAAAGGAUAUAGAAUCCGUUUUGAGCCAGCACAGAGACAGAUAGUCACUUUUAAUAACUAUUCGCACAUGACGAACUGAUUUAUCAAGCUUACUGCAGGAUCAUUUUAUUAAAUGGUCUGAUAUUUAAAAAAUAAAAACUUAAAAGCUACGAUGAUCCAUCGCUCGGUAUAUUCAGAUGCACUGUGACGGGAUUCACUCACUCAGCCAUGAGACUGAUCAACGCUGCUCUGCUCUUCCUCCUCCUCUUCAUCCUCAGCUGUAAUGCACUGGGGCUCAAACCACAGCUGUUAGGCAGACACACAGUCCAAACCAACUCUCAGCACACAUCUGUCUCAUACAAAACUUUCUAUUUUGAUCAGCAGAUUGACCAUUUUGGCUUUUUGGAGAAUGGGACAUUCAAACAGAGGUAUCUUCUUAAUGACCGUCACUGGCACAAGGAAGGAGGCCCAAUCCUGUUUUACACGGGCAAUGAAGGAGACAUCACAUGGUUCUGUAACAACACUGGUUUCAUGUGGGAUGUAGCAGAAGAGAUGGGAGCCUUGCUGGUUUUUGCUGAACAUCGCUACUAUGGAGAGUCCAUGCCGUUCGGCGAAGAGUCUUACAGCAAUGCAAAGUAUCUAAACUACCUGACGUCAGAACAGGCUUUAGCUGACUUUGCAGUGCUCAUCAAAGCUCUGAAAAGAACCCUGCCUGGAGCUCAGGAGAGUUCAGUCAUUGCCAUUGGUGGCUCCUACGGCGGGAUGCUGGCGGCCUGGCUGAGGAUGAAGUAUCCCAGUGAAGUUGUAGGUGCUCUUGCCGCGUCCGCUCCCAUCUGGCAGUUCAUUGUGCCAUGUGGAGAGUUUUACAAAGUGGUCACCAAUGACUUCGCCAUCAGUGGCACCAACUGUAGCAGCAACAUCAGGAGGUCAUGGGCGGCUAUUGACAGGGUUUCAGCAACAGGUGAGGGUCUGCAGUGGCUGUCGCAGGAGUUUGGACUGUGUAAUCCUUUAAAGACUGCAGACGAAGUGUAUGGCUUCAAGGCUUGGCUGCAGGAAACCUGGGUGAAUUUAGCCAUGGUGGAUUAUCCAUAUGAAGCUAACUUCCUUCAACCACUUCCAGCCUGGCCUGUUAAGGUGGUCUGUAAAAAUCUUUAUUUUAACACCGGCGUAUCAGACAAACAGCUGUUGAGUGGCAUCUCUCAAGCUGUAAGGGUUUACUACAAUUACACAGGAGAUGCAGUCUGUCUCAACACCUCACAAACUGCUACUGGGAAUCUGGGCUUCCUUGGUUGGUUCUACCAGAGCUGUACAGAGAUGGUAAUGCCAAUGUGCACAGAUGGCGUCGCUGACAUGUUUGAGCCACAGCCAUGGAACUACCAGGCUUUCUCCGAUGAGUGCUACAACCAGUUUGGAGUGCGGCCGCGGGAAGACUGGGCAGAAAUUGUUUACGGUGGGAGAAACAUAAGUGCCCACAGCAACAUCAUCUUCAGUAAUGGAAAUCUUGAUCCGUGGAUGAGUGGUGGAGUGACCAGAAGUCUUUCAGAAUCUCUGGUUGCCAUUAUGAUCAAUGGAGGUGCGCACCACCUGGAUCUGCGCUACAACAGCGAGUUUGACCCCGAGUCAGUUAUCAAAACACGGGCGCUAGAAGUACAAUACUUCAAGCGGUGGAUCAAACAGGCAGCAACUACCCAAUGACAUGGAAUCACGAUCAUGGAAAUGAAACAGAAUGUAAGAAAAACAAAAUUAACUAUUUCUGUUUGCUAUGUACCAAAGUUAGUGGUUUCUUCCUUGGUACUUAACAUACAAAAAAAAAAAAAUGUUGUUAUUGGGGAGUGGAAAGGAAUUUUGUUUUGGGCUCAUGGCUGAUUGUAAUGUUUUAGUUUUUUUUUUUUUUUGGUGCAAAACAAGAAUGUUCAGUAGGUUUCUCUGAGAAAAUUGAGGAACUGAAAGCGUCAGAAAACACCAAAUGCAAAACCACUCAGGGGAAGUGUCCUUUCAAUGUUUAAUUGUAGCUAUACAAAUCAGAUGUUUAUAGCUAUGGUUUGUAACUAAAGUGUGAUACAUUUUAAAGGGGAUAGUUCUCUCAUUUGUUUACCCUCAUUUUCCUUUUAAACUCACCUUUUUUUUCUUUUUCUUCCAUGGAACAGAAAAAUUCCAUACUUGUGUCCGA